UCUUCAGAUUGGUUACUUUUCUGUGCCCUGAAGCCAUCAUGAGCAAAUUGUCCCCACUGCUCAUGUUUGGAAAAAACACUGUGGAAGAGCAGAGGGCUCGCUGGGAGAGAAAGCGCGUCAGGACAGCAAAGGAACUGCUAGAAACUGAAUACAAAUACCUGGAGCAGUUGGAUUUGGUGCUCACAUUCUUUGUGAAAAUUUUAAAGGCCAAGGGAACACUGAAACCUGCCGUUUUGGAAACCAUAUUUGGACCCCUGGAAUCCAUAUAUUUGGCCAGCCAUGUUCUCUCACUUCAGCUGGAAAGAGGGAAUCUGGGACCAGGACUGGAAAAUUUCUGUCCAAAUCUGGAGCUUUAUGGCCACUAUGCUGAAAAUUUGGAGCAGGCAAAUAAAGUCUUGCAGGAGCAACUGAGGAAAAAUAAGUCGUUCAGACGGUUUAAGAAACUCCAGGAAACUCGGCCUCAGUUUCAAGGGAGGAAGCUAGAGGAUCUGCUUCCUUUACCCCUGCAGAGGCUCCACCAGUACAGACAUUUCCUCAGAGACUUGCUAGAGAACACCAGACCAGGCAGUGCUGACCACCAGAUACUUGCAAAGGCUGUGAAAUCUGUUUCUGAGGUAUCUUGGUGGGCCCAGGACAUUAUUCGUAAGAGAGAGAACUCAUUGGAGCUACUUCGGGUUCAGAAGCUGCUCAAAGGACAAAAGACUCAGGUUUUGACUCCAGGGCGCUGGUAUGUCCGGGAAGGCUGGCUUCUGGUGGUGCCAUCAAAGGGAGAAGGACUGAAGCGCAGGAUGUUUUUCCUUUUUUCUGAUAUCUUGAUUGCAACGAAGCCCUGCCACCCACUGCACCCACUGAACUCGAACAAACUGGCAUGCCAGGCUGUCUACCCGCUUCAACAGUGCAUAGUGGCUAAAGUGUUUGGCCACACACAGAGCCAGGGAGGGCUCCUCAGUCUUUCUUUUCCACACAAGACACUGUUGUUGAUGUCCGAUGACCAGCAAGACAUUAAUGAUUGGUAUCAGUGUCUCACAGAUGCAGUCAGGCAGCUGAAAGCCUAA